UUUUGCUCAAUUAUUCAAAGAGUGAGACGACGAUUUCAGUGUUCUGUCAUCGUUUCUCCAGAAUCAUCGCCCUCUUCUGAUGUACUUUAUUUGCAAAAUUUCAUCCCAUUUUCCAUUUUCCAACCAAAACAAAGGAAGUAAAAAAAAAGCGACCAUUUGGUUGGUUUUCAAGUGUCAAACUCAGCUUCAAGUCCGAUAAGGCAAAUAACAAGACGUCUGGGCCUGUAUAAUUGUAUAUGUUUGCACAAGUUUUCUUCUUUCUUAGGGACUCGUACCCCUCAAUUUCACACUCAUUUUCUUUGAAUUCCAACCCCACAAGUUUAUUUUUUGCUCUGUAUUUCAAUACUGUACUACCAAAUCUUGAUCAGAAAAAUGGGUUGCUGUAGCAGCAAGAGAGAAUCUCCAAAACCGGGUGUAAACACUACGCAUGGAUCAGGCAUCCAAACCUACCAAGCCCAACCUUUGGUGCAAACCCAGAAAGUUUCUGCCACUCAAACUCAACCACAGCCAAGGCCACAGCCGCAGCCGCCAAUUCCAGCUCCACCAAAACCUGCACGACCGGAGAUUAGGCCGGUGUCGAAGCCAGACACCAUUCUGGGCAAACCAUUUGAAGACAUUAAGAAGUACUACAAGCUUGGAAAAGAACUGGGCAGAGGCCAAUUUGGCAUCACCUAUUGGUGCACCGAGAACUCAACUGGCCGCACUUACGCCUGCAAAUCCAUACUGAAGCGCAAGCUUGCCUCCCAGAGCGACAAGGAUGACAUCAAGAGAGAGGUUCAGAUUAUGCAGCAUUUGUCUGGGCAGCCAAACAUUGUGGAAUUCAGGGGUGCUUAUGAGGACAGGUACUCCGUGCACCUUGUGAUGGAGCUUUGUGCAGGCGGUGAGCUUUUCGAUAGAAUCAUCGCAAAGGGCCAUUAUUCUGAGAAGGCCGCCGCGGCGAUUUGCCGCGCCAUCGUGAAUGUGGUCCACAUCUGCCAUUUUAUGGGUGUGAUGCAUCGCGAUCUUAAGCCCGAGAAUUUCUUGCUGUCUAGCAAGGAUGAGGGGGCUAUGUUGAAGGCAACUGAUUUCGGGCUGUCUGUCUUCAUUGAGAAAGGAAAGGUUUAUCGUGAUAUAGUGGGCAGUGCUUACUAUGUCGCCCCUGAAGUAUUGCAGCGUAGUUAUGGAAAGGAAAUUGAUAUUUGGAGUGCAGGAGUGAUCUUAUACGUACUUCUCAGUGGUGUACCUCCAUUUUGGGCUGAAACUGAAAAGGGAAUAUUUGAUGCCAUACUGCAAGGAGAACUUGACUUUGAAAGUCAACCAUGGCCAUUGAUUUCAGAAAGUGCAAAAGAUCUAGUCGGGAAGAUGCUGACUCAGGACCCAAAAAAGCGGAUAACUUCUGGACAAGUUCUUGAGCAUCCGUGGAUUAGAGAAGGUGGCAAUGCAUCGGACAAGCCAAUAGAUAGUGCAGUUCUCUCAAGAAUGAAGCAAUUCACGGCUAUGAAUAAGCUCAAGAAGCUUGCAUUGAAGGUCAUUGCACAAAAUCUAUCUGAAGAAGAAAUUAAAGGUCUUAAAGCAAUGUUCACAAACAUGGACACAGACAAUAGUGGCACAAUCACGUACGAAGAACUGAAGACGGGCUUGGCUCGAACAGGGUCACGACUCUCAGAGUCUGAAGUCAAGCAACUCAUGGAAGCUGCUGAUGUUGAUGGAAAUGGAACAAUUGACUAUAUCGAAUUUAUAUCUGCUACAAUGCAUAGACACAGGCUAGAAAGAGAUGAGCAUUUGUUUAAAGCAUUUCAGUAUUUUGAUAAGGACAGCAGUGGAUAUAUUACGAGGGACGAGUUAGAGAAUGCCAUGAAGGAGUAUGGAAUGGGUGAUGAAGGCAGCAUCAGAGAAAUUAUUUCUGAGGUGGAUGCAGAUAAUGAUGGGAGGAUCAAUUAUGAAGAGUUUUGCACAAUGAUGAGAAGUGGAAUGCAACAACCUGCAAAACUUUUCUAGUUCCACCACCGGGGGAGUUCAAUGUUUUUUUAACAGAAUUUGUAAUCAUGCAAGUGACCUGUCCUUGAAUGUCUUGAUGUGGGCAGGAUUCGGGCCCUCAGGGCAUUCUCACCAGUAGGUAUGAAUUAGACCACUGUUGAGUUUUCUUUACAAUCCUUCGUAUUGAAUUUUAAUGGGUAGUACGAACUUUCUGAGCCUAUCGUUUGGAUUGGUUAGGUUAAUCAAUUGUACUUUUUGUGAA